UCUUUCUCCUCCUCGACGGCGGCUCCGAGUCCGGCCCCUUCCUUCCCGCGCUCCUUCGCCCGACUCCCAACCCCCUCAUGAGGGUGUCCGGGUCGGGUCCCGCGGCCGGCCGCGAGCCCUCGACGCCCGGCGAAGGCGGUGGAGGCGGAGGCGCCGUCGCUGGCGCCGCGGUGCCCGGCUCCGUGCAGUUGGGGCUGAGCGUUCUGCACGCCCUGCUCUACGCCGUGCUCUUCGCCUUUGCCUACCUGCAGCUGUGGCGGCUUCUCCUGUACCGCGAGCGACGGCUGAGUUACCAGAGCCUCUGCCUCUUUCUCUGCCUCCUGUGGGCAGCACUCAGGACCACCCUCUUCUCCGCCGCCUUCUCGCUCAGCGGCUCCCUGCCCCUGCUCCGGCCGCCCGCUCACCUGCACUUCUUCCCCCACUGGCUACUCUACUGCUUCCCCUCCUGUCUCCAGUUCUCCACGCUCUGUCUCCUCAACCUCUACCUGGCGGAGGUUAUAUGUAAAGUCAGAUGUGCCAAUGAACUUGACAAACACAAAAUUCUACUGCAUUUAGGCUUUAUAUUGGCAAGCCUUCUCUUUUUAGUGGUGAACUUGACUUGUGCAGUGCUAGUCCAUGGAGAUGUCCCAGAAAAUCAGUUGAAAUGGACUGUGUUUGUUCGAGCACUAAUUAAUGAUAGCCUGUUUAUUCUUUGUGCCAUCUCUUUAGUUAGUUACAUAUGCAAAAUUACAAAAAUGUCAUCAGCAAAUGUCUACCUCGAAUCAAAGGGUAUGUCUCUAUGCCAGAUUGUCGUCGUAGGCUCUGUAGUCAUUCUUCUCUACUCUUCAAGAGCUUGUUAUAAUUUGGUGGUGAUCACCAUAUCUCAGGAUACCUUAGAAAGUCCAUUUAAUUAUGGCUGGGAUAAUCUUUCAAAUAAGGCUCAUAUAGAAGACAUAAGUGGAGAAGAUUAUAUAGUGUUUGGAAUGGUCCUCUUUCUCUGGGAACAUGUGCCAGCAUGGUCGGUGGUACUGUUUUUCCGGGCACAGAGAUUGAACCAGAAUUUGGCACCGGCUGGCAUGAUAAACAGUCACAGUUAUAGCUCCAGAGCAUACUUUUUUGACAAUCCAAGGCGGUACGAUAGUGAUGAUGACUUGCCAAGACUGGGAAGUUCAAGAGAAGGAAGUUUAUCAAAUUCGCAAGGUUUGGGGUGGUAUGGCACCAUGACUGGAUGUGGCAGCAAUGGUUAUACAGUCACUCGCCACCUGAAUGGACCUAUGACAGAUACUGCUCCUUUGCUCUUUACUUGUAGUAAUUUAGAUAUGCACAAUCACCAUAGCUUAUAUGCAACACCACAAAACUGACAGCAUUACCAAGUCAUGAUUCUUGAAUUUUUUUUCAUCAGUGUGUAUACUCAAUUUGUUUAAGUUCCAUCUACAUAAACAUUCCAUUAUCUGUUGCAACUGAAGACAAAUCCUGGAAAUGUGGCUAUGUUCAGGGAAUAACACAGUUACUUGAGACCUCUUUCUGGUAAAUUGAAGUAAGAUGGAAAAUUUCAAGUAGGAGAAAAGAGGAAUUAGAUGUUAAGGCACUUGAUGGCCUUCAAACACCCUGACUUUGGAACAUCAAAUGUAUGUUUGCAUAUUUGCACUUUUAUCUUUGUUCUGAAAGAGUAAACUGCAGUCCCCAAAGUCAAACUCCAGUGUUCAUGCUGGUGUAUUCUAUUGUACACCAUAAUGGGAGGCAAUAUUCCUUCAAAAAUCAAAGCCUGUAGUUUCAGUGGUGUACUCUGUGGAAUUCUUACCCAAUAAAAGUUUUACAGUGUGAAAGUGCACAGAAUUAAGGCAUUAAAAUGUAUCAUUCAUUUUAAAAAUCUACUAAAAGUAUUUAACCAUUGAUGAUAGUUAUUUUAAGCAUGACUUUAAAAUACCAACUGAAAUUAUUUAAAGUUAUUUUAAACAAAUGCUAGUAGUAAUUUUUUACGGUGAUGACCAGCAGUGUUUUUUGAAAAGCCAGUCAUUUCUUCAAAAGGAAAGCAUAUCAGUGAAAACUGUGUGGCUGCUUUGAAUAGAACUGGUCAAGUGAUUAUUCUGUAAGAUUAAGAUAUAUGUAGUAGUUUAAGCAUGAUUCUUCAAGAAAGCAAUAGUGAUUUUUGGAUAGGGAUAUUGUGGUAGAAAUUUCUUGGGACUAAACAAAUCUGCAGAAGCAUUUAAGAAUUAUUCAUAAAAUGUACAAUUCUAAGUUAAAACUUGGAUAUGUUCUCAAAAGCAUUCAAUUUAGCUGAAACAAGAAAUAGCUGAUUUUACCUUUUGAUUAGGUAGGCCUCAGGUAAAUUAAAUCAUGAUAAUAUUACUGCAGUGAAUGCAAGUGCAAUACUUAGGAAGACAUAAUUCCUCCCUUAGUUUUCACAUUUAUAUGUUGUCUAUUGGCAAACCCAAAUUCAAUUGAAUUCCAAUUAUUCAAGCACUGGACUAACUGAGCAAAUUUAUGUAGAUUAAAGGUACUAAUUAGGUAUGCAUAAAAAACAGUGGUAACAAUAUUGGAAUACUUUUAGAAUUAUGCCAAAACUGUCUUGAAUGUCCUGUCCCAAUCUAAAAAAGAUAAUAGGACACAGUAAUAAUUUUAAAAUGCACUUUCUACCAGUGUCUAUACAGAAAGAAGUAGAUGCUGAAUACCUCAAGAUGCCAAGGGAACAGGUAAUAUUGGGACGUUGUUAUUACAUGCUAAAAGAUGACAAACUAUACAAUUGUCUGCUGAUCUAUUUCUUCAGAACUGGAACUAAUACACAUGUCUUUUUCUGUCUUCUACUUUUAUUAGGAAGUUAUGUUUUAUUUCCACUCUUAAUUAAAAUACCUUUCUACUUUUUAAUAUCUGAUGCAGUAACUUCACAAAAAUCUAACAGUCGGUGAACACCUAAGAAAAAAUGAAAUUUUUAAUGCUUUCAAUCUUGUGAAAGGCUGGUAUACAGCCAAAGAAAUUUCUUCUUUUUAUGGUACGAAUAAUUGUGAAUUCAAUCAGAAGCAUAAACUUAUAGUUAUAUAUGUUGCUUUGGGUUUCUUUAUAACAAGUUCUUUCAUUUUAACCAAAUUAUUUAAAAGUCUAUAGUACAGAAGUUAACUUGUUAUUAACAUGACAUAUAAUGUGCAGUUAAUUAAGUAUAUUUUGAAUAUUACUUCACUUACUAGAUUUCUUUUCAGAAGGCCAACUAUUUAUUUUGCUCAUAAUGUUAGGUAUCUAAUUAUCUAGAGAUAUCCAAAAAUGUGUUGUCUUUGAUAAUCCUUUGUGGUUCAAGGUGAUAAAAUUUGUUCUCAUAAGGCUUCUCUAGAUAAUGGUCUUAUUUGAUCAGAAAAACAAAAGUUACUUAAAAGAAAAUUCAAAUAAAACAACUUGGUUCUUUUAGCUACAUUGACUCUUCCAAAUUUGAGAUUUGUAAGUUUCUUAUCAAUGACUAGGGCACCUAAAUUCUUGAAUUUGUCUCCUUAAACACAUCUCCCACAAUACAUCACCAAAGACAAAGAAAAAUAAGCUUCUGGUCCAAUUUUUGCUUAAAAAUUCCAAAGCACUAGGAGCACUUUAGUUUGGUCUCCAAGGAAGGAGUUGUUUAUAAAAUCAAAGGGCUACCGAUUCCCUGUUCAUCCUGCACUGAAGCACAUGAUAACAAUUUCAAACCUUCUUUUUUGGUUAAUUAAUUUAGAAAAGUAAAUUUCAUUGCUUAAGUAUAUAAUUCUACAGUGAUUAGUAGUAUUUGUCUUAUCAUUUCAUUUGGGUGGCCAUUAAUUUUGAAACUUUACUACUCAUUGUAGUUGGUUGUAGUUUUAUGGAAGAUGUAAUUUAUAGCUAAAGUGGCUUUUUUAUGCAUAGCUGCCUUUUUAUUGUUUAACAGUGUUUCUCAGCUAUAUAAUCAGUUUCGAACUGGUUGUAAAACUAUAGCUGUGGCCAAUGAAUGUAUUUGUUGUUUCACUAAAUUGUAACCAGACACUACAGUUAAAAAUAAAAGUGUUUGUGCUUUUAUUUGGAAGUCUCGUUUUCUUAAUCUCUCUUAAUGGACUACACCAACUGAUUGUGUCAUAUAAGGAUAAGAACGCUAGUGUUACUAUAGAAAAGAGAAAAAUGUCAGAAGUUAUAAAUGAUAGUUUACUUUUGUUUAUCUCAUAAUUACUUAUAUCUGGACAUUAUGCCAUUUAGUAUUUUACAACAAUUUCAUAUGAAGUGCUAUAUACUUUACUUUAA